AUGCAUUUCUCACUCCUUGCUGUGUGCAGUCUUUUGACAGCAGCAGUAGCUGCUCCAGCCCCCAGUUCAAAGCGACAUGUAGUUCACGAACGUCGAUCACGCCUGCCCACUCAAUGGAGGAAGAACGCCAAGCUUCAUGGCGACUCACUCAUGCCGUUGCGCAUUGCUCUCGCGCAAAGCAACCUCGACAGAGCCGACGAAUUCUUGAUGGAGGUCUCCCACCCGGAUAGUCCCAACUAUGGCAAACAUUGGUCCGCCAAGAAGAUUGCAGAAACCUUCGCGCCUUCAGAAGAGACAGUCACGUCUGUCCUCAAUUGGCUGGCAGAUUAUGGUAUCACCAGCGACCGAGUCAAGCAAUCACAGAGCUUGAAUUGGAUUCAUGUCAACAUAACAGUAUCUGAAGCCGAGGGACUUCUCAACACCAAGUAUUACGAAUACAAGCACUCUUCAACGCAUGACACCCACCUAGCUUGUGACGAGUACUCCGUGUCAGAAGAUGUGCGCGACCACAUUGAUUUCAUCACACCAACUGUGCAUUUUGAUGCCAAAAUCAAGAAUCCUAGAAAGAAGCGAUCCAUGAACGAUAAUCAAAUCGCUGUUGCGAAACGUCAGACUGCCGCUGCCGGUCACAAUGUGCAACCUGGAAUUGGACAUUCGAUUGGUUCUCCGGGAGACGCUUCGCUGCCAAAGGAUGGCGGAAGGGUUCCGUUUGGCACCAUUCUCAGCGAGUUGGAGAAUUGCGACGUAUCAAUUGUUCCUGAUUGCUUGAGAGCAUUAUACGAGUUCCCGCCUUACUUCCCUGCUAACCCUAAGAAUUCAUUUGGCAUCGUCGAAUAUACACCACAGGCAUACCUUCCAAGCGACUUGGAUAUGUUCUUUGCAAACUUCUCUCCAUCUCAAGUUGGUGAUCGACCAAUCUUUGAUUCAAUCGAUGGUGGCCUCCUCCAGACUGAGGUGGAGUCCUUCGAUUAUAACGGCGAGUCGGAUCUUGAUCUCGAAUAUGGAAUGACACUUGUCUACCCUCAGAAAGUCACACUCUAUCAGACCGGUGACCUUCUUGAAGGAGCAUCGUUCAACAAUUUCCUCGACGCAAUUGAUGGUAGCUACUGCACUUACGACGGCGGUGACGAUCCAAACCAAGAUGGAAUCUACCCUGAUCCCUACGGUUCUGGAUACGGUGUGUAUAAGGGACCCGAGAAUUGCGGCGGUUUUGCGGCGACCAAAGUGAUCUCUACAUCUUAUGCCUACAACGAAGCAGAUCUCACACCUUUCUAUGAAAAUCGCCAAUGCAACGAGUAUUUGAAACUUGGUCUUCAAGGUGUCACUUUCGUGUACUCCUCAGGUGAUUAUGGUGUGGCUGGCAAUGGUGGACAAUGCAUUGAUCCUGUCACUGGGAACUACACCAAUGGGACAUAUGGAAUGUUCAAUCCGUCUUUCCCAGGCACGUGUCCAUAUAUCACAUCCGUUGGAGCAACUCAAGUCAAACCAGGAGCGUCCGUAACCCAACCUGAAGAAGCAGCCGAAUCAGUCAUCUACUCUGGUGGUGGUUUCAGCAACGUGUUCUCCGUACCCUCUUACCAAAAAUCAGCCAUCGCAAUCUACUUCGCUGAGCAUAAACCUCCUUACGGCCCAGACCGCUACAACACUUCAGAACACUCUCGCGGUCUCCCCGACGUUUCAGCAAACGGCGUAAAUUAUGUGAUCGCCAUCGACGGUAGCUUCUCCUACGUCUACGGAACUUCUGCUUCAACUCCUACAUUCGGAAGCAUAUUGACCUUAGUUAACGCUGCGCGAUUGGACAUUGGGAAGAGUUCAGUUGGGUUCAUCAACCCGACAAUUUAUCAGUAUCCGGGAAUAUUUAAUGAUAUUACUGAGGGCGGUAAUCAAGGAUGUGGAACUCCGGGUUUCGAGGCUGUUACUGGCUGGGACCCGGUGACUGGAUUGGGAACGCCAAACUUUCCCAGGAUGUUAAAGGUCUUCUUGGAGCUGCCUUGA